UAUUUGGAUCAUUUCAAUUCAUUUUACCGUAGUUUGGGUCUGUCGAAUUGGCCAUCCACCUACUCGUCAUCGUCACGCAGUAUGCGACAAAUUAGACUGGUUGAUCGAGAAAGUGCUCAAUCGCGUCGUAAACGUCUGCUUGCUGAACAGAAAAAGGAGAAACAAAAAGAAGCAAAACUUGCAGCCAAAGAGAAGGAAACGAAACGAGAAAAGGAAACUAAGGAGAAAGCAAAGAAGAAGGACGAAAAGGAAGUAAAGAAAGAAAGGUGUGUGAUUUUGAGUGUCAACUUCGAAAUAUAA